GCGGCCUCGGGUGCUGGCGCGACGGGGCUGCGUUGGCGCGGUGUCUUCCGCCCUUCUGCGGCCGGCUGCAUAUUUUGUCUUUCUUUUUUGCAAUUUGAACAUUUUGCAAGACGGUGGGUUCAAGACAGGUGAGAGCAUCCCGCACGUCGCCGAGGAACUGGCGGGCACUUGGCGCGCUCUCCGGAGACCGUCUGCACUGGAAACCUGAAAGUUUUUUGUUUUUAUUUUUUUAUGCAGAUGCAUUUAUAAAGAUACAAGUAAAAAUUUUUUUCCCUCGUCUCCAAGCGAGUACUUUUGGCAAAGGACGGAGGAAAAAGCUCAGCAACAUUUUGUUUUUUUAAAAGAAAAAAAAUUGCAUCGCGAUGGAGAAAAUGUCCCGACCGCUCCCCCUGAAUCCCACCUUUAUCCCGCCUCCCUACGGCGUGCUCAGGUCCUUGCUGGAGAACCCGCUGAAGCUCCCCCUUCAUCAUGAAGACGCGUUUAAUAAAGACAAAGACAAGGAAAAGAAGCUGGAUGAUGAGAGUCAUAGCCCGACCAUCCCCCAGUCGGCGUUCUUGGGACCCACCUUAUGGGACAAAACCCUUCCCUAUGAUGGAGAUACUUUCCAGUUGGAAUACAUGGACCUGGAGGAGUUUUUGUCGGAAAAUGGCAUUCCCCCCAGCCCCCAGCAUGACCACAGCCCUCACCCUCCGGGGCUGCAGCCGGCUUCCUCAGCGGCCCCCUCCGUCAUGGACCUCAGCAGUCGGGCCUCCGCCCCCAUUCACCCUGGCAUCCCGUCCCCGAACUGUAUGCAGAGCCCCGUCAGACCAGGUCAGCUGUUGCCCGCAAACCGCAAUACGCCGAGCCCCAUCGAUCCCGACACCAUCCAGGUCCCGGUGGGCUAUGAGCCGGACCCGGCAGACCUCGUCCUCUCCAGCAUCCCUGGUCAGGAAAUGUUCGACCCUCGCAAACACAAGUUCUCCGAGGAGGAACUGAAGCCGCAGCCCAUGAUUAAGAAAGCUCGGAAAGUCUUCAUCCCUGAUGAUCUGAAGCAGGAUGACAAGUACUGGGCACGGCGCAGAAAGAACAACAUGGCAGCCAAGCGCUCCCGCGACGCCCGGCGGCUGAAGGAGAACCAGAUCGCCAUCCGGGCCUCGUUCUUGGAGAAGGAGAACUCGGCCCUCCGCCAGGAGGUGGCUGACCUGCGCAAGGAGCUGGGCAAGUGCAAGAACAUUCUGGCCAAGUACGAGGCCAGGCACGGGCCGCUGUAGGGUGGCCUUCGGAGGGGGCUGGCUUUGGACUCGAUGGACGCUUCGUUUCCCGUCUGACAGCACCACGCGCGAACCGGCCUUCCCGACGUCAGCACUUUACCAGAGGCAGCACCCAGCACCACGGCCCCGCGGCGGCGUGCCUGCGCUCACGCGCGUGGUGGGUGGUGCGCGCG